CUCGAAUUAGACUUGCUUGUACUGACGCCCUGUGGUCUUUAAAUUUUAUCGAUAACAAAAUGGCGAUGCAUCAUAGGUCGCAGGGUAAUCCUCGGAAGAAAGUACAGGUGUCAUUUGUAAUUCGAGAUGAAACUGAAAAACAACACAGGUCUGGAAUCAAUGCUGUUCAGUUUGAUCCGGCGAUGAACCGGCUGUACACGGCUGGAAGAGACUCAAUAAUUAGGAUAUGGAACAUGGGAAAUCAAAAUGAGUCGUAUUUUCAGUCCAUGGAACACCAUACGGAUUGGGUAAAUGACAUUGUAUUAUGCUGCGAUGGAAAAACAUUAAUAUCAGCAUCAUCAGAUGCCAUGGUGAAGGUGUGGAAUGCUCACAAAGGAUUUUGUAUGUCAACAUUAAGGACACACAAGGAUUAUGUAAAGGCAUUAGCUUAUGCAAAAGAAAAAGAAUAUGUUGCUUCCGGAGGUCUUGAUAAACAGAUAUUUCUAUGGGAUGUCAAAACUUUAACAGCUCUAACAGCAGCCAACAACACAGUAACAACAUCAUCUCUGAGUGGGCAGAAGGAUUCCAUUUACAGUUUAGCAAUGAAUCCGGCGUGCACAGUCAUUGUUUCCGGUUCAACGGAAAAGGUUUUACGAGUGUGGGAUCCUAGAACAUGUGCCAAAAUGAUGAAGUUGAAAGGUCAUACUGAUAAUGUCAAAGCUUUAGUUGUAAAUAGAGAUGCUACACAAUGUUUAUCAGCCAGUUCAGACGGUACAGUGAAACUAUGGUCGUUAGGGCAACAACGUUGUAUAGCCACGUAUAGGGUUCAUAAUGACGGCGUCUGGGCUUUACGAGCCAAUGAUGCAUUCACUACGUUUUACUCAGGUGGGAGAGAUAGAAACGUGUACGCAACGGACAUGCGACUGUCUAACAGCAGUGUACUCGUGUGCAAAGAGUCUGCGCCAAUUGUCAAAAUUCUUCUUCUACCAGAUGAGAAUUCUAUGUGGGUUUCAACAACAAAGUCUGAUUUACACAAAUGGUCAACAAAAGGAGUUCAGUCACGGUUAUCACAACAAGCUGAUGAGGAGAAGCUUAUUCCAGUUUGUUCAGAACCUAGCCAAACAAUAAAAGGAGGUACAAGUAUACAGCAAUAUCACAUUCUUAAUGACAAACGGUAUGUUAUCACUAAGGACUCAACUGAAAAUGUAGUAUUAUGGGAUAUUCUUAAGGCUUGUAAAGUUGAAGACUUGGGUAAUGUAGAUUUUGAAGUUGAGAUCAAGAAUAAAUUCAAGAUGGUCUAUGUUCCGCCUUGGUUUUCUGUUGAUCUGAAAAAUGGAAUGUUGAAUAUUCACCUUGAAGAGUCUGAUGCAUUUGCUGCGUGGGUGUCAGCUAAAGACGUUGGCCUAAAUUCUAUUGACGGUGGUGAUACAAAAGUGAAUUUUGGUGGGUUAUUACUCCAGGCAUUACUAGAACACUGGCCAAAAACACAUGCAAUAGAACCAGAAGAUAUCAACGGACAAGUAAAUGGCUUUGAUGGAAGCAGUGAUGAUAUGAAUGUAAGUGGGGAGAGGGCACCAAUGGGCAACGGAUAUUUCAGCGUACCUGGACAUACACCGGUCAUUUUAAGCGAGGUGAACGGUAGAACAAUGUUUAGAUUAUUAUGUCGCGAUGCAGGUGGAGAUUCUGAACAAAUUCUUCUUCAAGAUACUGUCCCUCAGUGGGUUAUUGAUAUUACAGUGGAGAAAACGCAACCCAAGUUUAACAAGAUCUCAUUUUUCCUGCAACCACAUUCAACAUCUGGUGCAAAGACUCUUAAAAAGGAUAGGCUGUCAGCUAGUGACAUGCUUCAGAUUCGUAAAGUUCUUGAGCACGUCUACGAGAAAGUGCUUGGCGUGGAGAACGGUGGUCAUCCAGGCAUGACGAAUGGUAAAGACCAUGAUAGUCAAGACGCUGCUAGUGUUAGUGCUGCAGAAGAAAAGGUUGAACUACUAUGUCAAGAUCAGGUUUUGGACCCAAAUAUGGAUUUACGGACAGUACGGCAUUUUAUCUGGAAAACAGGCGGAGACUUGACGCUCAAUUACAGAUACAAAGCUGGACACUGAAUUUUUUAAGAUGUGAUGAAAAAUAUUUUUGGAUUCAAGUUUUUUAAAAAAUGCAACAAUAAGUACUGUGAUCACUUGCCUGAUGCAAGGCAAUUCAGCUGACUAUAGGUGGCGCUCUGAGCGAAUCAUCGUUGAGAACUCAUGCAAUCUUAUUGGCUGACAACGCAAAACUACAAAUACAGAUAGUUACAAUGUAUGAAACUUUCAUACGCAAUUCACACAAAAAAUUAAGAAACAAAUUAAUAUCUUUACAUUACAGUCGAAUCUGUUAUAAACUAUGACCUACAAUACUAUAUUUAAGACAGAUUAUAAUAAUGAAAGAGUUGUAAAUAAUUUUGUACAUGUAUACAUAUACACAUGUAUAUGCUAGUUAAUAAAUUGAAAAUAUGUAUUUAUUGUCGAUAAAAUUGUUAAAAUAUUUAGUUAGUUGUAGAUCUAAAACUUAUUACUAUAUCUUUGUUUUUUAUUUGUACUUUUUAUAUUGAUUUUAUUAAAUGUACCAACAUUAUAUUAACUAUGAAGGUACACCUCCAAAAAUGAACCAAAAGAUAGUUUAUACAAUUUGAAAUGCCAUCGCAUUAUCGUAGCAUCUAAGAGAUUGUUUCUAAUGUUGAGUGGUGAAGUUCAGAAUAAGCAUCUAGUGAUUUUCAUUUGUGUUUAUAGAUUUUGUUGUUCCAAUUGGCGCUAUUAGGGAGCUUGAUUGCACGAUGACAGAACGUAGAACGUAGUGACGUCACUAAUAAGAAGUCAUCUGCGCAUGUGGGAAUUUUGGGUUCUCAUCGCGUGGAUUGUAGGGCGCAAUUUGACUGAACUACGUUGUGCACAGGGCGGUCACGCAUCAGUGAAUCCGUUCUAGCGUCAUAUCAUCACACAAAUCAAAUGCUCUGUCUAUUGUGCAUUAACUCUGAAAUAUAUUGAUGGCCUAUCCAAAGUAUGAAGGGAUGUUUGGUUACUCUUGAAGGAUUCAGUAGAAUCAAGCAAGGAGGAUUUUUUGCAAGAUAUAUCACAAAGGUGACUUCCUAAAUUAUGAUUCUAAAGCCCUGUUUGACAAUAACAUGUGACAUGCCUUAAUAUGGUCAUGAUAACAUGAGUGACCAGUAGCAAGUUUACAAUGUAUUAUUAUUAGUCCAUCUGCCUGAUGCAGACUGUACAUUAGUGUUGGAGCUCAAACUGUGUUCUUAAUUUUAUAUCAGUUUUUGUAGAUCCUCUGCCAAAAUAACUUUUUCAUGUGUCCAUUCUUUGCAUUUGUAACAAACAAAAUACACUGUACACUAUAUUUUUAGUACAGUGGGGGGAGAGAGGGGGCUUGACAACUGAUAUGGAGCAGGUUUUUGUACGAUAAAAAAAUACUUCUUUUUAUGAUGUAUAAAUUUAACGGCAAUUGAACAAAAGUACAUAUGGAUUCUUUACGUAGGUGAAGGGUUAUUCUUAGUAGUUCAAUAUUUAAGUAGAAUUUAAUAAUCAUUUAAUAGCUAUGUGAAAGUAGUUUAUAUUUAUUCCCAUUCAGCUCCAACAUCAACAAAUAUAGUCAUCAGCUCUUGCAUACCAUGUCAAUAUAAGAUAAUGAAAUCAUGCAGACCUCUAAAAGCUAACCAAACACUGUCUAAAUUUUGGUAUGCCAGAUUUUAGGCUCUGUCCAGACUAUCAAAUUUUAUUUGACAAACACAUUUGAUAUGCCUAAAUAUGGUCAUGAUGACAUCACAUCAUGACCAUUUAUAGGCACAUCAUGACUAUAUAUGGGCAUAAAACAGUUUUUCCUCAAAUAAUAUUUGAUAGGUCUGGACAGAGCUUUGCAAUGUGUAAUCAAACUUGAAAAGUGUAUGCCUGUUACAGACAAAUAUCUAACAAACAAAUGUGUCUUUCUAUGUCUGUUCAAAGUUGGACAAUGCGCUACUUAUCAGUCUAGCUAGCAUGUUGAUGUGGAAAUUUUAAUUUACUUUUUACUUGGUUCAUUUUACUUUCAGAAAUGUUAACUGAGGCUACAUACCUCAUUCAGAACUCAUAAAAUUUAUACAAACUUAAUAUAGGGGGUUAAUUUUUAUCCACAGAACUACAGUACUCUUUUAGACCAUUACAGUAUAUUGGUAAAAUUAGCUACGUACAAAGAGCUAUCUAGUAGAAAGAAGCUUGACUGGUAAUGACCUGUGUACCUUGAAAUUAUUUUCCCCCAAUGUAAACAAAAACUAAAUCAAAAACCUGCUUAAUAUUUAUCUACAUUUUAUACUAAUUUGGACUUCUAAGAUACAUAAGUUUCAUAAAUAUAUGUUUAUUUUAUCAUAGCAUUUAUGUUGCUAUAAGACAGACUUAAAUUAUUAAAUUUAACCAAAACAUAUUCUAAAUCUUUUCACUUAGAAUACAAAUUGUAUUAUGAGAAAUGCACGAUACUGCCAAUUCAUUAUAAACAACAAUUGCAAAUGAAAGCAAAACACUUAUAGAUUUAGAAUUCUAUGGCCGGUUUCCUUAUUAAUUUAUUCACUUACAUAAACAUACAGUAAUGAUUAAAUCAUCUAUAAAUACUUCAAAAAUUAGGCGUAUUAGCAGAGUAACGGAAAAAACAUUAAUAAGGUGGAACAAGUGAAUAUGCUGUUAUUUUCAUCAUAUUGAAAAUAAAAUUAUAAUUUACCAAGUGUCCCUUGAUUGGCUGUGUAGCAGACUUCCAUAUAUGGACAUUUGACAGUAGAACAAACUUUGGUAAUGCUAAAUCAGUCCUUUUAAAAAUUAUCUGAGAUUUUUGUUGUUAAUGCCAAGCAUUGUGGAUAUAAAGAUUAUAUGUUUUUUAAUAAUAUUUUGAUGGAAAACAGGAUGGUCUGUUGUUUAAGUAGUCUUCAUUUAUAUUGUAUAUUCAUAAAAAAAAAAUACACCAGAUGCAUUUUUGCUCAUAUAAAUUUA